AUGUUGGUCAAGCAAGCUCUUGAUAUUUUAAUGCCAGCACUUCCACGAAGAUUGCCACUUGGUGAUUCCCCUAUGCCAAUUUGGAUACGUUACACAAAAAAAAUCCUUGUCGAGGAAGGACACUCAAUUCCGAAUCUAAUCCACAUAUUUCAGCUCAUAGUCCGCCAUUCAGAUCUCUUUUACAGCUGCAGAGCACAAUUUGUGCCUCAGAUGGUGAAUUCACUCAGUCGCCUUGGAUUGCCAUAUAAUACUACUGCAGAAAAUAGGCGUCUCGCAAUUGAACUUGCUGGAUUGGUUGUCAGUUGGGAAAGGCAAAGACAAAAUGAAAUGAAAAUAGUAACCGACAGUGAUAUUCCUCACCAGAGUACCGAUGGAUAUAGCCAUGGGUCAACUGGUGUUGAUCCUAAGCGUUCGGUGGAUGGAUCUUCAUUUUCCGAAGAUCCAAGUAAGCGAGUAAAGGUUGAAGCUGGUCUUCAAUCCCUGUGUGUGAUGUCACCUGGUGGUGCCUCAUCAAUUCCUAACAUAGAAACCCCUGGAUCUUCUGGCCAACCUGAUGAAGAAUUCAAGCCGAAUGCAGCAAUGGAGGAAAUGAUCAUCAAUUUUCUCAUAAGAGUAGCUUUGGUGAUAGAGCCCAAGGAUAAGGAAGCAAGUCUCAUGUACAAACAAGCUUUAGAUCUCCUAUCACAAGCAUUGGAGGUGUGGCCAAAUGCUAAUGUGAAAUUCAAUUAUCUGGAGAAGCUGCUAAGCAGUAUUCAACCAUCUCAGUCAAAAGACCCGUCGACAGCUCUUGCACAGGGCCUGGAUGUCAUGAACAAGGUGCUGGAAAAGCAACCACAUUUGUUUAUCCGAAAUAACAUCAACCAGAUUUCCCAAGUAUGA